UGAUUGGGACACGUGGCACGGUUAGCGCGUCUUGUUUGGGAGUCUGGAAAUUACAAGAAAUCUCCGUUUCACAGUCACUGUCACGUCAAUGGCUGCCACUCUCACAACUGUGAGAAUCCCCACUUUCCACAACCUACGACGAUCUCGCACUCACCAACGCUCUCUCAACGAACACUUCAUCUCCCUUCUCACUUUCGCAAAGAUGGAAGGAAGUGAGAUCACUGAGCAAGUGGGAGAGGAUUCGAGAGCAAAGAAGAAAAUUUUUGUUGCUGGGGCCACUGGUAGCACUGGGAAGAGAAUCGUUGAGCAGUUACUGGCAAAGGGUUUUGCUGUUAAGGCUGGGGUUAGAGACGUCGACAAGGCUAGAACCACCCUUUCCUCUGCCGACCCAUCUCUUCAAAUUGUGAAAGCUGAUGUCACAGAGGGCUCUGAUAAGCUAGCUCAAGCCAUUGGUGAUGAUUCAGAAGCAGUAGUAUGUGCCACUGGCUUUCGCCCAGGGUGGGAUUUGCUUGCACCAUGGAAGGUUGACAAUUUUGGCACUGUAAACCUUGUUGAAGCAUGCAGGAAACGUAAUGUUAACAGAUUCAUUCUUAUCAGUUCCAUUUUAGUUAAUGGAGCAGCUAUGGGACAGCUACUCAAUCCAGCUUACAUCUUUCUUAAUGUUUUUGGACUUACCUUGGUAGCAAAACUACAGGCUGAGAACUAUAUCAGGAAAUCUGGUAUAAACUACACAAUAAUAAGACCUGGAGGGUUAAGAAACGAUCCUCCUACUGGAAAUGUUGUUAUGGAGCCAGAGGACACCCUUUAUGAAGGUUCCAUAUCCAGAGAUCAAGUUGCUGAAGUGGCUGUGGAGGCAUUGGCUUAUCCCGAGGCAUCUUAUAAAGUUGUGGAAAUAGUGUCUCGCCCUGAUGCUCCAAAGCGCUCAUACCAUGACCUUUUUGGUUCCAUAAGGCAACGAUGAUUCCAUAGUUUAGGACUUGACUGCAGAUUAGUGAAUUGGUUUUCCUGUUUAAUUGUUUUAUGGUGGCAAAUGAAUAUCUUUACUGUGUUCCAUGUGUGUUGCUUCAUUCAAUGGGUACGCUAGAAUAAUAAUAGUAAAUAUUUCAAAUAUUUCAA